AUGACAACACUAUUUAAUCUAAUGUCAAGUGGACACAUUCUAAUCGUGUAUUGCAAUUAUAAUUAUUCACAUGUGCAACUAUAUAGACCAACUAUAUACAACAACAAGUUAAAAACAAUUUUUAUUUAUAAGAGCACCCUUUUACUUUUUUAUAGAUACUUCCUGAAUCCAGAGUCAGUCAGUUCUCACUUAUUUUGUUCUAUAUGUCAGGAUGUUUUCAACCAGCCAUACAGAGCUCCAUGUGGUCAUAGUUUCUGCAAAGCAUGUAUCACGGCAUGGUUACGGAACAGCAAGACUUGUCCAGAGGACAGAAAGAGCUUACAGUUACACCAAAUGCACCAUGACUUUAUUGUUGAAAAUAUUAUAGGCGAUCAAAUGGUUGCAUGUCCAUUUAGAAAAUCAGGCUGUGAUUUCAUUGGGCAGUUGCAAAUGUUAAAAUCUCACAAGAAAUCCUGUGAAUUUAAUCCAAUUAACCUACCUGAAUUUCUGAAAAUGAAAGAAAAAGAAAAUACUCCAGAUUCACAUGUUACAGAUGACGAAGUCCUGUCAUCUCCAGCAAAGCCGUCCUUAAUGAUGAGACUGUUUCGUUCUGGUGACAGUCAGAAAUCUUUGUUGAAAACUAUGUUUGAAGACAAAGAAAAUACGCCUUCAACUUGAUAUAAAUCUUCGUAUUUUGCUAUUUAUUUUCUCAUGUUUAUUAAAUAAUAUACUUAUU